AUUAUUACAGUGUCAACAAUAAAAUAAGUAGACUAGGCAAGGGGGUGUCAUGCGCGCGCUUCGUGCUGCUGCUGUGUCGUUUGUCGUUUCGGGGGGGAGACGAUUAUUGUUUUUUCACGACCCUGAUAAUUUUGUGCUAGAAAGGGACGUUUUCUCGCCGACUUGCAGUUUUUAUUGCAAAGAUUUCAAAUUUUCAGUGUUCUUCAUAGUAAAUAAAACGAAAUAUGGGCGCGGUUCAUGCGAAGGAGCCUGAUACGAUAAAAAAUUUCGAAGUGACACAGCCAAAUCACACAAUGAGUAACGAAUCAGAAAUUCCUAAGGACGAUGAUACUUCAUUUGGUAAGCAGGCAUUCUCAGAAAAUCAACAAACAAACAAAGUGAAACCAGUCGAUCUGAAAAAUAUAAAAGCUAGAGUUGAUAAGGUUCACAUAGAUGGACUCAAUAGGACUAAAGAUGAUGUUGUGCAGGCGCAAGUCAAGGAACUAUUCAAUGCUAAAGAUUUUCAAGACAUUAUUGUUAAUGCACAUGCAGUACGAGGAAAAUUGGAGUCAUUAGGAUGUUUUAAAACUAUUGGAGUUUAUAUAGACACUAGUCAAGGCCUUGAUUCUACACCAGAAGGAGUAGAAGUCACGUUCAAAGUCCACGAAUUAAAACGUAUAAUGGGAAGUAUAAACACGAUGGUUGGAAAUAAUGAAGCAUCGCUUCUCGUUGGGGCAAAAUCACCAAAUUUGUUUGGUAGAGGAGAAAGACUCCAAGUAGACUAUUCAUAUGGCCAUAAAAAUUCAUCAAACAUAAAUAUCUCUGCCAUGAAGCCAUUUUACACUGGCCGUCUAAGUAAAGUAUUAACAGCAAGCGUGUACAAUACUUCGACAGAAUUCCCAUGGUCAGGGUACAGAGAAAACGACAAAGGCUUUUUAUUAGAUUUUGCAUUCGACUCAAACGAAUCUGGUACUUUUAAACACAAUCUUCAGUAUGAGGGUAUUGUAAGAGAUUUAUCAGCAACUAAACAAGCAACUUUUAAAGUACGAGAACAAUGUGGGCCAACGUUAAAGUCAUCUCUCAGGCACAUCUGUACAGUCGAUAAAAGAGAUGAAAAAAUAUUCCCAUCUUAUGGAACACUUGUCCAAUGCACCACGGAGGUAGCUGGACUUGGUGGGAAUAUUGGCUUUGUCAAAAACGAACUAGCUUUUCAAACUAAUUAUUCACCCGUUGAUAGUCUUACAUUUCAAUUGGCUGCUCAAACUGGUUUUCUUAGAGGAAUUAACAAUGACAUGCAUAUUACUAUUGCUGACAACUUUUUCCUUGGAGGACCUAUGAAUGUUAGAGGUUUUGAAAUAAGAGGCUGUGGACCCAGAGAGGAAGGAUUUUCUCUUGGAGGAAACACAUAUUGGGCUGCAGCUCUUCAUUUUUAUAGUCCACUGCCAUUUAGACCAGGAAAAAAUACUUUCGGCAAUCUUUUCAGGUUGCACGGUUUUGUAAAUGGAGGCAACGUCAAUAAUGCCACCAUAAAAUUAGGUGGAACCUAUGAAGAAAACUUGAAGAUAUUAACAGAGAAUGUUCGUUGCACAGCUGGCUGUGGCGUCGCGAUGAAGAUAGGAAACAUAGCAAGAAUCGAACUAAACUUUUGUGUUCCCUUAAAACUCUUGAGAACUGAUGUAUUUCAGCAAGUGCAACUAGGUUUGGGUGUUCAGUAUUUAUAAAAUCGAUUUUGUACUUCGAUAGACACGGAUAAAUUGUCGCAAUUUGAUUCUUACUUAACUUAUUUUUGUAAGAGUCAUUAAAAACUUUUGUAAAUUUAUUUAUUUGUUAAUCCAAAUCUUG